UACCGGCGCAGCGCACGCGCACGUUCGCGAUGCUCUCCGCAGCAAUACUACUCACGAUCGUGUGCGCGAUCACAGGUCAAAAUGUGAACGAAACUAAACUUACAGAGAAAAUACUUAAACGAAUAACACCUUUAGCUGAUACCGCUACAAAGACACUUGAACUGAUCAGUCCAUUGGGAGUAGAUAGGGAACUAGUUGAAAAGAUUGCAACUACAGCAAAAACUGCAGCUAAACUUGCUGAUGACUUUUCCUAUAUUGCGAAUGUGGAUGGUGGCGGCGGCGGAAAGAAUCCUGUAUUGAAAUCAAUAGAGGAGUCUCCUGAUUACGCGUCGUCGGUUGUGCUUGCGAGCGAUUUGCUGUCACUGACUACGGCUGUUGCGAAUGUUAAGGAAAGAGCGUGUAGGGAACAGGGAUAUAAAUUUCUGGACGGGUUACUUCAGAACAAAAGAUGGGCGCUCAAAAUGUUCGAUGCAUCAGCAAAAUCACCGCAAGGUCUUCUAUUCGGUUCCUCCUAUCACCUGGGCAACUUCGACGAGUGCGUCGCUAUCGACGAUCGCGGUGAGAAAGGCGGUGUAGUCGAAGGCGAGUACUGCCUUGCGACGAUAAAAUGGAGUCGCGGAGAGGAAGCCAAGAAGGGACGCUUCGGUCGCGGCGAGAUUCUCCGAUGGGCAGUUUGUGUGCCAAGUUCGUGCAGUGCACGCGCCGUGUCCAGGUUUGUCGGCGAUGUGUUGACGCACACUGUAGGCAAUGGCACUUCGGUCAUCGUCACCGAGCAGGAUUGCUAUGCGCGAAGACCCAUCUCUGUUGAUACCAUGGAUAUUAGUUACUUAUCGUUGAUGUUGGGUUUUAUUGCAUUACUUAUUUUAUGCUCUCUCUAUGAGAUUUACACGAUAGCCUUCGGCAAAGAGAAGAGAACGGUGACACACGAGCUGAUCGUUUCCUUCUCACUCAUCAAUAACAUAAAGAAGAUAAUUUCUACCAAACAAAACAAUGACUUAGGAUUGGAAUGUAUUUCUGGAAUCAAAUCUUUGGCAAUGAUUUUCAUAGUUGCCGGUCAUGCUUGCAUGUUUAUUGGCAGUGGACCUGUUAUGGAUGCAGAAGCUUGGGAUAGAUUAAUCAGACACCCGGGUAAUUCCUUCAUGUUGAGCAACACGCUGCUCGUGGACACGUUCCUCAUGUUGAGCGCAUUCCUCUUCUGCCGACUGUUACUCAUCGAGUUCGACAAACGCCGUGGGAAACUCAACGUUAUACCGAUACUUAUUUUUCGGUAUAUUAGGGUAACACCGGCGUAUGCAGUUGUUAUUUUGUUCUACAUGACUUGGCUGCCAAAAAUAGGUGAAGGACCUUUGUGGAAAAAUAGAAUGGUUGUAGAACAGGAACGUUGUAUGUCGUCUUGGUGGGCUAACAUAUUGUACAUAAACAAUUACAUCAAAACUGAUAACAUAUGCAUGUUCCAAUCCUGGUACCUGUCCGUGGAUACACAACUUUUCUUCGUAGCUCCAAUAUUUAUUUACAGUCUUUGGAGGUGGCGACGUUUGGGCAGUGUAUUCCUAGCGUUGGCUACCUUUAUUUCUCUUGCCAUACCUUCGUAUAUAACUUAUAGAGAUCAGCUUGACCCAACAUUAUUGUUUUACGCAAAAGAAUUCACGGAUUUCGCCACCAACUUCUAUUUCAAAGAGGCAUACAUAAAAACUCAUAUGAAGAUGACACCAUAUUUUAUGGGUUUGCUCACAGGCUACAUUUUGCAUCGUAUCCAAUCAGAGAAUUACAAGAUGUCUCGUCUGAUGAAAAUCUUCGGUUGGCUGACGAGUAUUGUCUUGGGGACAGUUGCUGUAUUCUCAGUUAGUGUGUUCUACCAGGAGUGGUACAAGUACAACAAGAUAGAGGCCGCUGCCUACGUGUCGUUGCACAAGCUUGCCUGGAGCAUUGCUAAUGGCUGGCUGAUCAUCGCUUGUUGUACGGGAAAUGGAGGUAUUCUGAAUAAAUUAUUAACGUGGAAAGUGUUCGUGCCGAUAUCUCGGCUGACGUUUUGCGCUUAUCUCGUCAACGGGAUCGUGGAGUUAUAUUACGUCAGUCAGUUGAGGCAUCCUUUACACGUCACAUUUUUCACAAUGGUAGCGAAUAGUAUUGCACACUUAGUACUAACAUUUAAUCUAGCGGUAAUACUGUGUGUGAUCUUCGAAUCUCCUAUCCACGGGAUCGAGAGGAUUCUACUCAGGAUAUUUGCUAGACCAGCCAUGAACGACAACGCUAGAAGGUCAAUAUCCGCAGAGUCCUCCCGAAACACUAGUCAAUCUAAAUUAGAAACGUAAUGUUAGGUCUUCUAAAAGCUAGUGUAUAAAGCUUUACAAGAAAGAGGUAUUAAAAUAGGAUACAUCUCUUUUUUGUACGUCCCCUAUCUUAUGUGUGUGCAAAUAAAUUCCGUAAUUAUUAUCUUUAUGGCUGAAUUCGUGAUGCGAGAAAACCAAUGAAGUACAACAAGCUAACUUAUCAUUACACCCGGGGAAUGUGUCAUUUAUUGGUCAGCUUUUUUUUAAAAGUAGAACCUAUAAUUUUUUUUUUAUAAUACAAGGUAGCAAACGAGCAAGUGGCCGCCUGAAUCCACCGAAAUGAAAAGCGACCGCUGCCCAUAAACAUCCGCAACUGUAGAUGCGUUGCCUACCCUUAGUUGGCGGAGGAGGAGCUCUCAUAAAGAGGACAUUUCCCCUUCCUAAGCGUCUUCUCCACCAUCAAAUCCACUUUUCCUUCCCAUCCUUUCCACUUAAGAAAAGGGUGGAAAGGGAAAAGGACUUAAAUUAGGCUUCUGUCACCACAUUCAUCAGACGAAACGCGAAAAUGCCUCAACUUCACGCCUGUGUUCUGUGUGGUCGUGGUACUACACCGGGCGAGCCGGCCCUGCAGUGCGAAGAUGUUAAAGCUGGCUCUACCACUGUUCAAAUUAAUUUCAUCAGUACAAAAAGAAGAAAUGUGCUUUGUCGAAUAGUUUGUAGACAUGUGAAUUGAUGUUUUAAUUGUUGUUCACUAUCGUUAUAGUACAUAAUCAUGCGAUUGUAAAUACUCAUCAUCAUUAUUGGGGGUGUCUGUAUUUUUAAGUUUAACUUGUAAAUUUUACAUGUGAUUGUUACCAACGAAAAGUUUUUAGGAUUAAUUUCCAAAGAAUAAGUUAGCAGAGGUACCAAAUUGUUUUGGGUGAAAUUAUGAAUUAUAAAUUGUUUUUUUUUGGCAAUUCUAUAAUUUUCGUUAAUCUGCUAUCGUUAAUUAUGCAACGAUAUGUAGUGGAAUUUUGUACUCCACCUUGAUUUUUCAUGCUAACUUGUGGGUUUAGUAUUAAGGUUUCUAGGUGUACUUUUAGUGUUUGUAUUUUAUACGACUGUUGUAUUCUAAGUUUGUAUGAAAGCAUUUCAAAGAAAUGUAAAAUGAAUUGGAAGUUUUUAAUUUUGUAUUUAAACAAUAAAAAUAUAUAAGUACC